CGCAUAGCAUGCUCCCAGAAAUUUUCAGUAAAAUCCUGCCAAACAUGAUUUUAUUUAAAAAAUUACUGCCAAUUUUAUCAAUGUUUACAUAUUUGCUUUUGCAACCAUGACUGUUUAGGACCCCACCAUGGUAAUAUGAUCAUGAUGGUAAUUUCUUAAUCUACGUCUUAAAGUUUAUGACCUAUAGUAUUGUCAAAACUUAUAACUCGAUUAUCGACUUCGAGGGUAUAGCUAGGUGUUCCUUAAUUUAGUCAAUAUCAAUAUGUCAUGCCAAUACGAAGGAAGCUUACAGUCUGUUUGUGUCAAAGUCAUUGCACACAAUUUUGACAGAUUUUUUAAGACAUUUGAAUGUACUAGAAAUAAAGAAUUUAAAUUGGCUUCAGAAAUCAUUCAAAAACUGUAUGGAAAUGAUCUUACAAAGAAACUUUAUCUGGAAGGAAAUAUAAAGAAUGAGCAUUUGGAUUACUUGAUUAAUAGAUAUACUAAAGAUUUAGAUGUGCAGUGCUUUGUGAAUUGUGAAUCUAAUGAUAUUGAAGAAAGAAUUCAGCAAAUUGGAAAUGUCAUCACCAAAUUUACCAUGACUAGAACAAGGCAUUUUGAUGUCAAUAAUUUUCUAAGGCCAUUGUGUAAAGUGCAAAGCCUUAUCCUUAGUGAUACAAAUUGUUCAGAUAAAUCUCUCAUGACCAUUGCAGAUGUUUGUGUAGACUUGAAAGAACUGGACCUAUACAACUGUGAAAAAGUUUCAGACAAAGGAUUAAUAUAUCUUAGUGAUAAAAAGCCUGCAUUAGAAUUUCUAGAUGUUUACGAAACUUCUGUUACUUAUAAAGGUGUUGCUCUAAUCUUGAAAAACAUUUCUACAAUUUCUGAACUAAAAUUUAAUAAUGUGCCAAGAGCAAUAUUUGAAGCUACUGGUUUGCAUACCACUUUAGAGGAAAGUGAAGAAAGGACUUUCAAUUUAAGAAAUCUUGUAAUCCUAAACAAUCCAAUGAGGCCGGAAAGUCAUUUAACUGCAAUUCUGAAAGUUUGCAGUACAUUUUGUCCUUAUGUAAAUGAUCUUACUGUUACCGAAAUUAUUAAUGAGGAACAGCUCUACUUGUGUUCUACAUUUGUAGAAUUGAAAACCACUCGACUAUCUUUAAGCAGUGUAGUACAACCAAAACUUAGCAUCAAUGAGUUGCUUGAAAGGAGAGGAAGCCAAAUAACUUCUCUUUCACUAACCUCAUUUGCACUUUCAGUAGAUGUGCUAGCUGAAAGCUGCCCAAAUUUGCAAUAUAUUUCAUUGAGUUCACCUUCGUUUGAAGAUACACAUUCGUCAACCAUCAAUUUCCCUUGCCUUAAAAUACUUCAUUUCCGACACUCUGUUUUGAAAUCCGUAGAUGGUAAUAACUUGUAUGAAAAUAUUAUUUCAUGUAGUCCUAACUUAGAGGAACUUCACAUAGUAUCUAGUGAAUCUUUGGAAAGUUUAACUGAUGUUAUUUUAGGCUAUCCAGAGAAACUUCGAGUUUUAAACUUUAGUAAUACUAUUGUUGAUAUCGACUUCAUUCAAAAAGUUAUAAAAAAGCAUGAGAAAUUAUCCACUUUAAAUAUUGAUAACUCUGGUGUAUCUUGUGCAGAUUAUGAUGAUUUAAUGGACAUGGUUGACGAUAUGGGUAGAAGUAUACGAAUUGUAUGGGCUGAUUAUUCAUCUGCUAUCAGAGAACUGUACAGUACUGACUUUGGAUUAGUUUUUCAAAGGCUGCACAGGCAUGUUUUGAAAUUGUAAAUAUAAAUUGCUCUUUCGGUAUAAAA